AUGAUGAUGAUGAUGAUGAUGAUGAUGAUGAUGAUGAUGAUGAUGAUGAUGAUGAUGAUGAUGAUGAUGAUGAUGAUGAUGAUGAUGAUGAUGAUGAUGAUGAUGAUGAUGAUGAUGAUGAUGAUGAUGAUGAUGAUGAUGAUGAUGAUGAUGAUGAUGAUGAUGAUGAUGAUGAUGAUGAUGAUGAUGAUGCUAUAG